GCACUUUUCCCAACAUCAUGGCGUCGCAGCUGCGGCGCUUGCGGACCUUGCGGACUGCCCCAUGUGUGAGGAUGAGAUUUUUGCAGAGGAGGUCAGUCCAGACUUGGGGAGACGAGGAGCCUUCCAUCUUUCGGCCAAAGACUGCCUUCAAGACUCGGAAGGGUCUCCAGCUCCCCGAGGGAUGGCGCGAGAUCACCUCGCCCUCCAAGGGCGUCUACUACGCGCAUGACUCCGGAGCAACCCAGUUUGACUUUCCCAAAGGGCCACCAGCUGCAGCAGAGGUGAGACGAGCUCAAAAUGAACGUGCAGAACGCUAUGGUCACAGGACACAGCAGCUGUGCCCCGGGGCCACGGUGCGCUUGAUCGGCCUGGAGCGGUUUCCACAGCUCGAGGGGAAAACUGGAACCUGCGUGCAAUUGGAUCCGGACGGCUACGUCCGGGUGCGACUGGACAGCGGGGAGUUGAAAGCUGUCAAGCUGAAGAACCUGAUGCUGGUGACCCCUCCCGAGCCGAGCGCGGCCUCGCGACAAAGCGCGGCCAGUCGGCCGCCAAAUGCGCAGACGAAGGAGAAAUCAAAGUCAUUUCUCAGGUGGCCAUUGCUGGGUGCCACGACGCUAACGCUGGGGGUGCUCUACCAGUACUACCUGUUGUCGGAGCAGGAUCGCACUCGGGCAGAGCAGAAGGAAGCGGCGAAGUCCAGCCCGAAAGCCGCUGGCCCGACGGUCCCGAAGGAGCCGCUGCCGGAAGGUUGGUGUGCGCAUUUGGACCCUGGCACGGGUCGUUUGUAUUACUGGCAGGAGGUGGAUCCCAGCAAUACAGUGACCUGGGACCGACCCGUGGCUCCCGUGGCGAAAACAGCCCGGACGGAUCAUCGGAUCGGUGACCCGGGGGUUCCCUGGCUUUUCUCAGAUGUCCGCUGGAGUGCUGGAUUCUGUAGAUACCUCCAAGACGAUGCCAAGCACCGUGAUCUCCGAUGGGCCGGUGAUGAAAAUCGUGGAGGAUGGGGCGGCAUCCCGGAGACCACCCUGGGUGGGGAGGUCAGAGGUGUCCCAGCUGGGUCCGUCCCAGUGCUCCCAGGCACGUUGCAGCACAACGGUGUUGGUGCUGUGAAGCAACUGGUCGUCAUCUCCUCCUUGCCACGCCAUGCGGCCACAGCGACCCCUGCGGACCCCGCGCCCGGCUCCUCGACUGCGCCGCGUGGCGCUCUUCCAAUGGUCGCUGCAGCUGGUGCCGUGCUGGCAAAGCAGAAGCGACGUGCGACGGUGCGCCGCUUGGGGCCCACGGCCAGCGCGGAACUGUUGGAGGUGCGAUCCGCGGAGCAAGGCACUGCCUCGGAUGUGAAGCCCUGGCAGUUCCUCAGUGGCAUCGCCAAGGACGCGGCGCGCGCCUGGUUUGUGCAACGCGCUGAGGACCGGGGCAUCGCUUGGAGGCGCUCCCCACCGUAUUGGCCUCCUCACUUCCGAGCAGAGAACUUGGUGCCAAAACCUACUGCGACGCAAGCUGUGGUUGAUCCUGCGGACAAAGACAUUCUUCAGGAGCAGGACCUGCCCCUGGUGACCACGGCAGUUCAUCGUCUUCUGCCGCACCUGGCCUUUCUCCAACGAGAUUGUGCGGAAGCACAAGGCUCAGAGCUCCAGUUGGCACGGGCCAGCUUUGAAACCACAAAUUGA